UCAUGCACAUAUCACUAUGCAGUUUGCUAUUGCUCUCCCUGAAGAAAUUAGGGGAAAUGAUGAUAGAUUUGAGAGGCGCGCCCUUCAUGUGAUAGCUCAAGCAGCAACCAAAUUUCGUUCCUCACUUGAGAUUGCACUCUUCAAGGCAAGAUUACUGUAUCAGCUGAACGAAAUUGAGGCAGCAAGAGCAGAGUGCAUCAGAGCUCUUGGUAUCACCAAGCCUGAUGAUCCUGCUGAACAACAAGUGCUCUUAAGGUCUUCUCCACCCCAAAACAGAAGCACAAUUGCAUCACUUAAGCAAGAACUGGCAACAUUACUUGAGCAUAUGUCCCCUGCUGCCAUAGAAGGUGACUCAGAACCACAAGCCUCAGAUUUGGCUUUGUCAGAUCAUAUGAUUGAAACUUCAGAAGAAUUUGCAACCCCAAGAGUGAAACUUCCGCAUUCGUUAUCUUACGGCCACAGGGUGCUCCACAAGCCCGACAGAAUUUUAGAAAUAGAGAAGCACAUCCCCCCUAGACAACCGCCUCCACCAGCACCUCCAAUCCAUUUUGUUGCAGGGCAGGUUGUCCCACAGGAGAUUGUCAACAUAUUUGUUUUGCAUUGUCAAGCAAGAUUAACCUGUGGUGAGAACAUGACAGUUUGCCACUUAUGCUCAUUUGAUGGAGUGGCUGACAGAAAAGUGAAAGUUCUCUCGAGAUGAGUGACCAUUAUGACAGUCACCAUAGUAAAGAGGAACCUGAUAGUAAAACAACCAAAAAGAACAAGAAGACCAGACAUCGGGAGAAGGAGGAAGAUAACGAUCCGGCCAAGGUGUUCACAGAGAAGGAUAAGGAAGGGGUUCAACCACGUGUGACCGGCCCAGAUCCUAUAAUCUGCAACGAAGAUCGUUGCGUAACUAGAACACGCUCCAACAAGGAAAUGCGCUUACAUUAUUACUUUGUGCAUAAACUACCCACCAAUUGGUGGAUAACGUAGUCAGAGUGUACUUAGGCAGCGAACACUGAUU